AUGUCAUGGAAGCAUAUGGAUUUGUCAAAAUAUAUGAUAGCUGGUGCAGCAUUCAGUGGACCAAUAGCAAUGAUUCGUGACGAUAAAAAAGUUUUAACGUUGCAAAAGCAACAACUAGUUAAACACACUUUUUAUAUUUAUACGUCAGCCGGAAAAUUAAUGGGACAACUAGAAUGGGACAAAGGUCGCAUGAUUAAAAUGGGUUGGACCGAUGCUGAACAAUUAGUUGUUGUCAUGGGAGAUGGUUAUAUUAGAUUGUAUGAUAUUCAUGGUGAUUUUACUCAAUUUUCUCUUGGCAAAGAAGCCAAAAAUCAUUUAGUUAUUGAUUGUCAGAUUUGGGGAACGGGUCUACUUAUUGCUCUGACAAAGUUUGAAGAGCCUAGACCACGACUUAUGGCUGAUCCAGGAUUGAAUGAACCACCUCAUAGUUGGGCAUUAAUCCCACCUCAGUAUACACUCAGCAGUCAUGUAGAAGUACUUGUAGCUACUA